GCCGCCCCGCGCCCCGCGCCCCGCCGCCCUCGGCGCCCCGCGGCGCCCCCCGGUCCCGCCCGCCAUGCCCGGCCCGGCCGCGGGCAGCAGGGCCCGGGUCUACGCCGAGGUGAACAGCCUGAGGAGCCGCGACUACUGGGACUACGAGGCUCACGUCCCGAGCUGGGGUAAUCAAGAUGAUUACCAACUGGUUCGGAAACUUGGUCGGGGAAAGUAUAGUGAAGUGUUUGAGGCCAUUAACAUCACCAACAAUGAGAGAGUGGUUGUAAAAAUUCUCAAGCCAGUGAAGAAAAAGAAGAUAAAACGAGAAGUUAAGAUUCUGGAGAACCUUCGUGGUGGAACAAAUAUCAUUAAGCUGAUUGACACUGUGAAGGACCCUGUGUCAAAGACACCAGCUUUGGUAUUUGAAUAUAUCAAUAAUACAGAUUUUAAGCAACUUUACCAGAUCCUGACAGACUUUGAUAUCCGGUUUUAUAUGUAUGAACUACUUAAAGCUCUGGAUUACUGCCACAGCAAGGGAAUCAUGCACAGGGAUGUGAAACCUCACAAUGUCAUGAUAGAUCACCAACAGAAAAAGCUGCGACUGAUAGACUGGGGUUUGGCAGAGUUCUACCAUCCUGCUCAGGAGUACAAUGUCCGCGUGGCCUCCAGGUACUUCAAGGGACCAGAGCUCCUUGUGGACUACCAGAUGUAUGAUUAUAGCUUGGACAUGUGGAGUUUGGGCUGUAUGUUAGCGAGCAUGAUCUUUCGAAAGGAACCCUUCUUCCACGGACAGGACAACUAUGACCAGCUUGUUCGCAUUGCCAAGGUCCUGGGUACCGAUGAGCUGUAUGGGUAUCUGAAGAAGUAUCACAUAGACCUAGACCCACACUUCAACGAUAUCCUGGGACAACAUUCACGGAAACGCUGGGAAAACUUUAUACAUAGUGAGAACAGACACCUCGUCAGCCCCGAGGCCCUAGAUCUUCUGGACAAACUUCUGCGAUACGACCAUCAGCAGAGACUGACUGCCAAAGAGGCCAUGGAGCACCCGUACUUCUACCCCGUGGUGAAGGAGCAGUCCCAGCCCUGUGCGGACAACGCUGUACUUUCCAGUGGUCUCACGGCGGCCCGAUGAAGACUGGAAAGCGACGGGGCCUGGAGGUACAUGGGCAGAGCCACCCACAGCCCAAGCGGCGAGGGCCUUGGGGGAGGAAAUGGAGUUCCCGGAGUGAGUAGCAGAGCCUGGGAUCCAUGUGCCAGCCUUCACGUUAGCAAAGGAAGCUAGAUUUUGUUUUAAAAAGUAAAAAUAGUGCUGAUUUCAUUUGGGGGACUUGACAUUAACAUGAUUUGCAAGCAGUCCCCUCACCCCAGCUGCAGAGCCACGCCACAGCUAUGGGGACUCGCACAGCUAGGCUGGAGCUUGAGGGGUCUGUCACCAUGUCACAUUAGGAUUUCUUUAUUAACUAUUUAAUAAUGCCAUACAUUUUUAUAAGGAUAGAUUGUUUGUUUGAAAGCAUCUGUUUACAUUCCAUAUUCCAAUAAAAUCAUAUUGGUAUUGGUAGCAGGUCCUAUCUCUAAAUGUAGAUUCAUUUGGUUGGUGGGAACUUGAAAUACAAAUAAAACUCUUAUUUAUAGAGUUGAGCUUACAGAUGAAAAAAUAAGAUCCCAAAGCCAGGAAAUGAAUUCCGCCAAGGUUCUCAUACAUAUACUACCUGCCUGCAUUGCACAUUCUGUAUAUUACUGUCUGCAUUUGUUCUGUCUGAAAAUGAAAGACGAGGCACGAGCUCUUGGCUGGACCUAGAUACCGUGUCAGGCAGUAAAACUCUGUCUGGAAUUGUCAGAAGCUUCUCACGUGCCCUCCGAGGCAACACGGAACUGUUGUUUAUUAUCAGGGAGAUGUGCCACUGUGUGUCUUUCCUGCCCCGCCCCUGUGUCCCCAUGCUCUCCUCCCACCCCUUUAAGGUGCCUGUGUGGACCAGGCCGGGAGCCGAGAGGAGGGCUUGGUGAAGUAGUGACCUGUGGGGGCCCAGAGGCAGGAGAGCAUCUGGAGCUGAGCCGGCGGUUCACUUGUCCUCUCUCCUUUGCUUGUGACUUGGUAGGUGCAGACGCUCACCUGCCUGCCCUGGCUCUGCAGCCGCCGCUUUGACAGGAGCAAUGCUUUAUGCACAGUUUCCUUUGCUGCCACCUGUCCUUUGCCUGUCUUCAUGCCUUAGACGUGCAGCAGAACGGAGUUUAAAACGCCCACUCCUUUCUCGUCUGGCCUUGACCAGCUGCUGGCUGCUGCCACUGUAGGUUGUUUUUUUCCUCCCAAACUGGAGUGAGUCCAGUCCAGACCUUUUCUCUUAACCUAUGCCCAAACCAUGGUGUGUCCCCUUGGACCUGGCUCCGCUGAUAUUUGAGACAUUUCCCUGGGUUAGGAGAUGGUCUUGGAGAGUUCUGAAAGAGAGGGUGUGUGUGUGUGUGUGUGUGUGUGUGUGUGUGUGUGUGUGUGUAAGAGAGAGAAUGUCUAAUACUUAGACUAAGCUAUGGUAGAUCUACCCACCCUCUAUCCUUUUCAGUUAGCAUAUUUCUUAAUUCAUCUCAGUAAUUUUCAUUUGAUAUUUUGUUUGCUUCAUUACCUUAUAACAGGUUAAAAGUGCCUAUGAUAAGGACUUAUUAUUUCCUAAAGAAAAGCAAAAAAUGUGGGGAACAGGGUAGUGUUACACUGUCAUCUCAGGUACUGCCUGUGUUUAAGAACAUAGACCUGAUGUGGUGAGGAAAAAGCUCCUGGCCACGGGCAGGCGGUGUAUCACAGCCGGGCCACCGUGAGCAUGGCCGCGGGGAUUCCUCCAGCUGAGGCGGCUGCGGGGCAGAACUGCCGAUCUUUUCACCUGUGGUUUACUUGCAGUUCAUGCUCCCCUGGGUCAUAUCAGCUGGCCUGCUCCUGUCCCCUCCCGUCCCUGUGGUAGGUGGCUGGGCGGGAGCAGCCGUCACAUGCAUAGUGCAGACCAAGCAUUCGUGGCCCUUCUUACAGUGAGGCGCGUGCCGAUGCCAGUUCUGCGGGGCACUUAACCGGCACGCACUUGGCUGGGUCUCCUUACAGACGCUCUCCAGUACGUCUCUAGCACAUCGGUACUCACGAGGCUCAAAGCCAAUGUUUUCCCUUGCAAAGAGGAAGGUGCUCAGACGGAUUCAUUAGAGGAGAAGGCAGAGCUUGCAAUCCUUGGGGGCUGGGAGAGGCCGGGCCAGCGGGCUGUUAAAGGAGAAGCUGAACCAAUAAGUCAAAAGGUCAAUCUUGAGGGAAUGUGACUUGUGAGGGGAGAGGACCUGGGGGGCACAAAAGUCAUGUUCUGGAUGUGCCCUGAGGCGGGCACUGCCCCCUGGAUUGGUGCCGGUGGGACCACAAGGUGCUCUCCCAGGCAGAUGCCGAGUCCCAGCAAGCUGGCGGCGGGGGGCUCAGCCUGGGCCUACUCAGGGAAAUGACAGGUUCUCCCAGGUGCUGCGUGGCUGAGGAUGGGAGCAAAAUUACUUUGGGACACAAGCAGCAAUUGGAGGAGUUUUGUAUAUGCACUGAAGUGGAUCCAAAAGCUCAGUUAAUCGUUUCCUUUAAUGCCAGGUCAGAGUAAAUGGUUUGCUUAGAAACCUGCAUUAUGCAUGGGCACCCACAGGGAAAGCAGACUUCCCUCCUCCCAUUGAGCAGGAGUGGGUAGUAUAACCUGGCGAAGUCAUGGAGAUGGAAACCCUUGUGAACGCAAAAGCAGGGUCCACAUGAGCACACAGGAAGCCAAAGUUUGUCAGUGAGCUUAACUCGGAGACGGGACGUGCUGCCUUUAGGGUGGGAACGGGGCCGGCGGGUGGUGGGGAGACACCAGCUAAGAAAACCAGUGGAAAUGUGCUCUGAGCUACAUGGAUGUGUUGGUGAACACGGCCCCACGCAGGCCGUGAGGUGAGGCAAUGGGGCUGUGCAGGUGGGCGUACUUUUGUGUAGAGACUCAACAAUGUGCUACAAAUGUGAUACUUAAUUCCUGAACUACAUGUAUUGAGGAUUGUUUUUAAAAAAUCACCUUUCAUUGACUCAAUAAAUUAACCGUUUUUCACUU